UGCAUCAGUUGACACAUUUGCAUCAGGCAGUGAAAACAAUCUCUUCGGGAAGUUGCAUUCUCGCUUUUCUCCCGAAAACUUUUCACCCUCGGUGUUGUGGUGCUUCGAAUAAUUCAACAAAUUUGGCAUUUUUACCGGUGAUUUUCGAGUACUCAGUUCUAAUAGUGCUGAUUUAGUGUUUGUAUCAACCGUUGCCGCAAGCGGUUUGGUCUUUUCGGACUGAUAUCGAUCGUAAAGCGUGAUUGCAUUUUACUGCUGCUCCCGUUAGGCAAACCUCACGGGAAGCUCCCGGUUGCAGGAUGUGGGACUCAUCCGUGUUUCUCAGUACGUUAACACCGAAGUUCUACGUGGCUCUCACCGGCACUUCCAGCUUGAUAUCCGGCCUGAUACUGAUUUUUGAAUGGUGGUAUUUUCGCAAGUAUGGAACAUCUUUCAUCGAGCAAGUGUCCAUCAAUCAUAUCAGCCCAUGGAUCGGCGGCGGGGAGACCACAUCGGAAAGUGUUACCAGCAACACGACGCCCACCACGCAGAACAUGCCGGAAUGUAAGGUUUGGCGCAAUCCGUUGAACCUGCUGCGGGGUGCCGAGUAUCAGCGGUUUUAUUGGGCCACGCAGAAGGAACCGCUCACGUUCUACGAUAUGAAUCUGUCGGCGCAGGAUCAUCAGACUUUCUUCACUUGUGAAGGAGACGCCGGCAAGGCGGAAUAUGAAAUAAUGCAGACGGCGUGGCGCGAGCGCAAUCCGGUCGUCCGAAUCAAAGCCGCCAACAAUGCCAUCGAACUCAAUGCGAACUGCGCCCCAGCGUACAUUUUGUUGGCCGAAGAGGAAGCAACCACUAUCCUGGAAGCGGAACGAAUACUUCGAACGGCUUUGAAGGUGGCGGAAGCGAAUUAUAAGAAAUCUCAAGCCGUUCAGCAUCAAGGCCCCAUCAUGGAGGGAAUCUUCCGAAGGGACACCAACGUACUGAUUUAUAUUAAGAGGCGUCUAGCCAUGUGUGCCAGAAAGCUGGGGAAGUUAAAAGAGGCGGUCAAAAUGUUCCGUGAUCUCACAAAGGAAAUUCCGCCAAUCAUGAAUGUGCUCAACAUUCAUGAGAACCUACUGGAGGCGUUGCUGGAAAUGCAAGCUUAUGCAGACUGCCAAGCAGUGCUGGCCAAAUAUGACGACAUCUCACUGCCGAAAUCAGCGACGAUUUGCUAUACGGCAGCUUUGCUAAAAGCUCGAGUCGUUGCUGAGAAAUUUUCACCCGACAUAGCUUCCAAACGGGGUCUAACUGCCGCUGAAAUGAGUGCCGUGGAAGCCAUUCACCGGGCGGUAGAGUUCAAUCCUCAUGUACCCAAAUACUUGCUGGAGAUGAAGCAACUGAUUCUACCUCCAGAGCACAUCCUAAAACGUGGCGAUUCGGAAGCACUGGCGUACGCAUUCUUCCAUCUGCAGCACUGGAAAAACGUCGAAGGGGCACUCAAUCUGCUGCACUGCACCUGGGAGGGAACCUUCCGUAUGCUUCCAUAUCCGCUGGAACGUGGCCACCUUUUCUACCCGUAUCCAACCUGCACGGAGUGUGCCGAUCGCGAACUCCUGCCCGCAUUUCACGAAGUGUCCGUCUAUCCUAAAAAGGAACUGCCCUUCUUCAUACUUUUCACGGCCGGUCUCUGCUCGAUAACGGCCCUUUUGGCACUGCUCACCCACCAGUACCCGGAGUCUAUGGGAAUCUUUGCCAGCACCACUCUGAACUGGUUCUCCUUGCCGUUUCACUUCGUCAAAGAACGCCUGGAGACGAUUUGGCCGUGCAACCUUCUGCAGCAUUUAUCGCGGAUUUAAACUACUGACUAUAACCUGAUCCUACUACUUAACGAGCGCUUAGAAUAGGCUAUUAACGCGUCCAUUGCCAUUGAUUUUAUAAACCCCCAUCACUGAAACGAAGACGCGAAACCAGAAGCUCUCUGUCGCUGUCGAAACAUUCGCUGGUCACAUUUCUUAGUUUUUAGAUUGAGUUUUUGGAUUGCUUUCUCAUCCGCUGAGCAGCAGCAUUGCUCAUAGAAUUAUCCCUCUAAAUAUACCCAUAAGCAACUCCCGGACACGUACGCUGAAAACGGAAACGAAUCGCAGAAAGUACUAUAAAACGCCACUUAAUAAUUGUAGAAUAUGAUGAAUAAAUUAAACCAACCAAAAUGCAAAUUGUAGAAACAACGUCUACAAAAAUUAUCGUCUGCUCCCUUUAUGUGUAGUUGUGAAAGAUUUGCAGUUUUUGUGAGAAUUAUAUAAAGAAGUACAUAAAAUAUAGCAGCAUCAACAUGA